AUGUCUGGGGCGAUAGGAAAAAUCAGAGCACACUUGCCGCUCAUCAACGAGUUGUACAGCCUCAGUGCUUUCUAUUGUAUGACCGUUAACGAUAUCUAUUCCCACGAGAAAGAAAAAAGUGAUGGAACAAGAGUUACCAACACAGUCAGAAUAAUGGCCGAAAGUAAAGAAGUUUCUGGAGAGUCCCAGGCUGCUCUAAAAGCUGUCCAAAUACUCAAUUCAAUAGCUAAAGUUAUGUACCAGAAGAUCGAGAAGGCCAAAGAGGAAAACCCAGAUAACGCAGAAUUGUGCACACUGUUGGACAACAUUGGCAUGGCGACAGCAGGUUGGUAUUUCUUUCACCACUACUCUCCUCGUUACUACGACACACAGUGGCGCCUCACUUUAGUUGGAGUCGAACAAGAGGAGUUGGAAGAAUGGAGAAGAUGCACAGAUGAGGAACCACUGGAUGAAGUGAAGCAUUUCUUGCAACGCUCCAGCCCAAAAGCGAAUGAAAUCAGCGAUUAUGUUAUAAGUGGUGUUAUUAAUAUUCAUGCAAAUCUGUUGCCAGCAUGA